CAUUUUAUCGUCAGCGUCAACAAUUGACGCUUUAGCUAUCUGGAAGUCUGUGAAAGAACUGGCUUUUUAUAGGGAGUUAAUCAGAAACUUUCUGGAAUGGCCUCUUUGUUUGAUGAGAGCACCUUUACAGAUACUGAUGUAAUCAUCAAAGAUGGAGAUGAUGUUAUAUUUAAGGAAGAAACUCUUGCCGAAGUGGAGCCACAACCUUACCUCAAUACGAGUGAAGACAGCAACGGUACCGGUACCAAAGAUCAGGAGUAUACAGUCCAAGAAGCUGUGGACGCCAUGGGCUUUGGAUGGUUCCAGGUUAAGAUUUCUUUCAUCGUCGGCUUUAACUGGAUGGCAGAUGCAUUUGAAAUCAUGCUAUUGAGUGUCCUCUCUGACAAGCUCCGAUGUGAAUGGGACCUGUAUCCAUAUCAACAGGCCCUUCUCACGACCUUCGUCUUCACCGGGUACUUCAUCGGGGCACCUCUCUGGGGGAUGAUGGGUGAUAAGUUUGGACGGAAAAAGACUCUUGCUCUGUGUUCCUUCUACAUCUUCUACUUUGGAUUCCUGAGCUCCUUCUCACCCAACCUGAUCUGGCUGCUCAUCCUGAGAGGGCUUCUGGGUGCAUCAUUGGGCGGAACGUCUCAGUCUGUGAUUAUUUGUGCAGAGUUUCUCCCGUCCAAGAGCAGAGGAUUGUGUCUUGUAUGUCUGGAGGCGUUCUGGGUUAUAGGUGUUUGCCUUGAGAUCACCUUAGCUAUGGUCGUCAUGCCAACGCUAGGCUGGCGGUACCUUCUCAUCUUCUCAUCGUUCCCUCUAGUCAUCUUUGUGGUUCUGGUCACAUUUCUACCAGAGAGCGCGUCUUACCAGCAAGCAUCGGGAAAUUGGAGUGGUGCCAUGGCAACCCUAGAAGACAUCUCCAGGACAAACAAGAAACCACUGCCACCCGGAAAGCUGAAGAGAAAUGCUGAACUUAAACCCAAAGGAUCCAUUCGAGAACUGUUUAGUACAAAGUUAUUAGCUAUGACUACCGUUAUUCUGAUCAAUUUAUGGUUUUGUAAUGCGUUCCUCUAUUAUGGGAAUGUCCUUCUCUCUGCUGAGUUAUUUUCGUCUGGGGUAACGUCAUGUGUUUCUACCGGUAAUAAUUCUACAACAGAACUGGAAUGCUUUUCUGCUUGUAAGUCUCUUGAUACACAGGGAUAUGUCGGCCUUCUUGUAUCAUCGUUGGGCGAAAUUCCAGGUAUUCUUUUGACCCUGUUUAUGAUUGAUACUGCGGGUAGGAAACUGACCAUGGGGCUUGAGAUGCUGGUCUGUGCUGUCUUCUCAUUUCUGCUUCUGAUGUGUGUUGACGGAAUUCCCCAGAUGAUCUUUAUCUUUGUUAUUCGAGGAAUGAUUUCCGGAGCAUUCCAGGCCUUGUAUGUCUACACACCAGAGGUCUUCCCUACCAAUGUGAGAUCAGUCGGCCUGGGGUGGUGUGUAGCUUUCUCAAAACUGGGUUCCAUUGUGACCCCUUUCGUAGCUCAGGUUUUGAUCAAGCAAUCUGUGUUCAUGACAUUUUGUGUGUAUGGUGGCUGCGCGGUCUUCGCUAGCCUGUUAGCUUUCAUCCUCCCCGUAGAAACAAAAGGACGCACCCUCAAGUAGAUGAUGGAGAUGGUUCCGCUGGGAUGAGAAAUAGUCAUGGCUCCACCUCCAUGGCUCCACCUCCUCCUAUUGGAGAAGAAAGAACCUUGAAAGAAAUACCUCAUUUAGGACUAGUGAAAACAAAAUCAUUGACCAGGUCUUGAUCAAGCAAUCAGUUGUAAUGACAUUUUGUGUGUACGGUGCUUUCACAGUCUUGGCCAGUCCAUAGACACAAAAGGAUGCAUCCUUUAUUAGAUGAUGGAGGUGGCUCUACCUCCUCCUAUAAGGGAAGA